CCUUUCGCGAGUCGUCUUUUCCGUACUCUCUCCACUCUCCACUCCCUCCUUCUUCGCUUUCUCCUCUUCCCUCUUCACCAUGUCCGCCGCACCCGCCGAGAAGGCCGCCGCCCCUCAACUGAGCGGUGUCGCUCUCUACUCCCGAUUCGCCCUCGCCGGUGCCAUCUGCUGCUCCGUCACUCAUGGCGGUCUUACGCCUGUCGAUGUCGUCAAGACCCGAAUCCAGCUGGACCCGGCCACCUAUAACCGUGGCAUGAUUGGUGGUUUCCGCCAGGUUAUCGCCAACGAGGGUGCCGGCGCCCUUCUGACCGGUGCCGGCCCUACCUUCGCCGGCUACUUCCUCCAGGGCGCUUUCAAGUUCGGCGGUUACGAGUUCUUCAAACAACGGUACAUCAACCUCGUCGGCCUCGAGAAUGCCUCCAACUACCGAACCCCCAUCUAUCUCGCCUCGUCUGCCUGCGCCGAGUUCUUUGCCGACAUCGCCCUCUGCCCCCUCGAGGCCACCCGUAUCCGCCUCGUGUCCGAGCCCACCUACGCCAGCGGCCUCGUCAGCGGCUUCAGCAAGAUCCUGUCGCAAGAAGGCGUCGGCGCCUUCUACGCCGGCUUCGGCCCUAUCCUCUUCAAGCAGGUCCCUUACACCAUGGCCAAGUUCGCCGUAUACGAGAAGGUCGCCGAGGCCGUCUUCCGACGAUUUCCCAAGAAGGACAUGUCCGACGGCCUGCAGACCACCGUCAACUUGGGAUCUGGUCUAAUCGCCGGUUUCGCUGCCGCACUCAUCUCCCAACCCGCCGACACCAUGCUUUCCAAGAUUAACAAGACCAAGGGUCUACCCGGCGAGAGCACGACCAGCCGUCUCAUCAAGAUCGCCAAGGAGCUCGGCCUCCGCGGAUCGUUUAGCGGUAUCGGCGCUCGUCUCUUCCUCGUAGGAACUCUUACCGCCGGCCAGUUCGCCAUCUACGGCGACUUGAAGAAGGCCCUCGGCGCGACCGGCGGCGUCGAGAUUUCGAAAUAAGCGGUUCGUCCAUUGGCUGGGGUGGAGAGGGGAGGGGAGGGCGGCGCAGCAGACGGGCGGUGGGAGCGAGCGAUGUAAUUGUGGAAGAGGCUGGGCGACACCGUCCUCGCUCGUGGUAGCAGCAGUAGCGUUGGUGUGCCUAGCAGCUCGGUGCGGAGGAGACUUUGACAAGUGCUGCCCUUUCCCUUUCGCAUUUAGACUCGGCGGCACCGGUCUGGAUUCCUAGGCUUCUCUCGAGGGUGCCACUUGCGACGGGGGCCUGGAGGCUUUUCCCUCUAGCUCCGAGACCCGGGGUGCGGUAGAUGCAUAGAGCAUAGAACGUGGCAUCUAGAAGCAAAGUCACGACACUUCCUGACGGGGGUUUGUAUAAUAGACGGGUUCCUAAUGGCCAAGCAUCACAUUCCCUGCUCCUA